AUGUCGCUCAAGCCUUGGUGGAAAUUCCCAGCGUGGAACGACCCCAAAUACGAUACCGUACCACCGCCGGAGAGAUUAGAGACAACAACGGCGGCACAAGCUCUGGACGAGGACCAUCUGGCGGCGUAUUCUCGGGCCAUGAAAAACGUUCUCUCGACCGAACUCGCCGAGACAACAUUUGCACAACUUGUCGAUGGCUUGCCACUGUACAGCGUGGUGUCAAACCUGGUACACUAUGAGCUUGAGAAAACGGAGCCAGCCUACAAUCACCGAACGCUAUGUCCGGGCGUUCUUGAAAAGACGAGGGCCUUUCAUUCUGCCUUUGAACCAGACAAGCUCGAUAUCCGUGCAGAUGUACUACACCGAUAUCAAUCCGCUCCAGUCGGCUCUAGGGUGUCAAAGAUGCCCUUCAUUGAGCUGAUAGCCGUCGCUAUACACACCACUGCGGCUCACCUUUUCAAGGAGGUCAAUGGCGGACUCCAUCAAAACGAGGAGUAUCCAAGUGAGGAGUGGUAUAAAGAGUUCUGUGAUCGACGCUGGAAGCCCACGCCCUUCUCACUCUGGCGUUACGAUGACCCGAAGCAAUACCCUGACGGAAUCGCCGACAUAGCCGGUUACUGGGCAGAAGAUCAGAUAUUUGGAGGGAUUGUCUUAUUUGAUCGAGGAGACAGCGGUACGGAGCAGAACGGAAUCUGGUUUCACUCUGGGCGCUAUGGGAUCACAUACCAUGUCUACGCCUUGAAAGACGAACAAACCGCGUCUCUGCUCCUCUUCCUGGAGUCGGGAAUUGGCGAGGCCCCGUGCCCUUUUCCAAUACAGGAGCAUAAGGACAGCUUGCGAAGAGAGUGGGGAAUUUCAAUUCAGAAGUACAAUAUAUAUAGGGAUCGCUGGGAGCGAACAAGCCGGUUUAGAAGUUACUGGUGGUAUGACCAUUUUCAAAGCAAGUGCAGGGCUUUUGACGAGGACCCGAUACGAUUCCCAGAAUGGGGCCAUGAGGGAGACCCAUGA